GCUAGACUGGUAUACUUGUUUUUUACUAACAGCUGACAACAUAAAGUGAGACACGGUAAUGUUCGUUAACUCCAAACAUUGCACCUAUAAAACAACGAUGAAAAGUCAUCAUCUCAAAUUAUUACUUGCAUUAUCUAUCCUCUCUUUAUAACGCUUUUGUAGUUUAUCUCUCAUGUUGUGGAAAUGUCCUUGCGUCGCGAUGUCAUACAAUUUCACGAGAUUCCUACUCACACUCGUCAUCCCGUCGUCAACCAUAUACCACUAGACAACACAUAAACCUGUAAACGAUUACACACUAAAUGCCAAGAAAUGCAGAAGUCCAUAUAUGGCACGGGAAAUACCCUGUUGCAGGAAUAUGCAAAAAUAGAAAACACCGAUUAAUGGGACUUCAAGAGCAAUUGUCAAAAGAGGGACAUACUACUUAUCUUCACGAUAUGAGUGACUUUUAUGAAAUCACCGAAAUAAAAGUUAAUGAAGAGGUUGUUCAUCGCUGCAAAAUUACUGAUUUUCAGUUUGGAGGCGAUGGGGAGCUGGACCCGCUAAUCAAAAUAAUUGCAGAUAAAGUCAACAAUGCAUAUUAAGGCCUGCCAAGUGCCCUUAAAUAUAGAAGACGAAAUAAAUUGUAUUUGUUAGGUCGGAUCACCAACGUUUUACACUGUUAAUCACUUUAAUGAUGUCUACUAAACCCUGUAAAACACUGCUUAUUUAUUAUAUGUUUAAAAAGCUUUCCCUCAUGGGUUCAUAGGGUUUUACUCAGCUCAAAAAUAUUUUAAUGGAGCCCUCCAUUCAUUGUUUUGUAAACCGUAACAAUGUGGUUAUAUCAUAAGGUUUAGGAUUUUUAAUUUGACGUCUUUGUAGUAAUGCAUCACACUUAACGUAUGUAAAUGUGGUAAUUUUACAAACUGACUUUAGAUGAUCUUUUUUUCUUUGAUCCCCACCCGUGUUUUCUGAGUUCUGGGAUUUAUGACGAUCUCACUUUGUAUAUGUGUGAAAUACACCUACAAGACAUCAGUGAGUGUGUGGACAGUAAAGAUCACUGGCUCUACAACUAUUGUCAAGACCGAUUGAACAUCUUUGAGGCAUCAUCCAAAGGCUCUUAAUGUUCUCCGCAUUCAACGCUUCAAGUCAACAUAGGCCGUUCCAGGCUUUGAUAUUGAAAUGUGGAAGCAUCUGUCGACCAAGCUAGAUAUCGAGUGACUUAGCUUGAGUGGCUCACUAAUUAUAUCCCACUUGGUAAUACCUCUAAGUUCUCACGAGAGUAUUUGUACAAAAUCGGCCACUAAGAAGUCUACUUGAAUAUACCCGCGUGUUUUUAGGCUGCAAGCGUUUGUGUUUUUUGAUGUAUUGCCAGUGAAUCUAGGUCAAUGUUCGGUAAGAAAAGUUUACAUAUAGAUUUUUAAAAGUAUAAAGUGGCUUAAAGACCGUCCUUACAAAUUCGAGAAACAGAAAAACACUCGAGAUAAAUCUUCCCAAGCACUCAUUAUAAUUUAUAUUAUUAUCAAUGCCACAAUAUAAUUGUCGAUUCUUCUGGACUGAUUUCUUGUUUGACGUAACUGUAUGUUAAGUUAGUUAGUUCCUGUCUGUCUUCUUGAAUUUUUACAUUUCCUUUGAAGGGUUUUAUGAUUUUACCCUAUGGUUUGUUCGCUCUUAGUUAUACCACUUUUUGGAAUCAAAUUUGUGCAUUUUAUCACAGAAUAAAUU